AUGUAUCAUCUGGCGAAGUCGCUAUAUCUGUAUGCGACCAGUAAAGAAGAAUACUCGGUCCUUCUAUCAGGCCUGGACAAUGCCGGCAAGACCACCCUCCUGAGCCAAAUCAAGGCUCUGUAUCAGCCUCGCGCCGACGGUGCCCCCGCGCCCAACCCCGGAAAGACCGUCCCGACCGUCGGCCAGAACGUCGCAACCAUCUCUUUACCCGAUAUGAACCUCAAGAUAUGGGAUGUUGGGGGUCAAAUAUCUAUGCGCGGCCUCUGGCAAAGCUACUACAGCAGCUGCCACGCCAUUAUCUUUGUGGUGGACAGUACCGACGUCGGUCAAGACCCCGAUAUCACGCGACUGCCAUCUGCGCCCGGCCGACGCCCCAGCUCCAUUGCUGGCCCCGCGCGAAACUCUACCAACGGGAGCGAGCUGUUCACAGAACAAACGGUGGGGAUCAAUGCCGGGAUGAGUGACUUUGGGCGCUUGGACGAAUGUCGGCAGGUGCUGGAGUCCGUCCUGCAGAACGCAGACGUUGCCGGGGUUCCUAUCCUGGUUCUAGCCAACAAACAGGAUCGGGAGGACUGUGUGGAAGUGGUUCGGAUCAAGGAGGGCUUUGUCCGGAAAGUCUUCGAGGGUGAGACCGGAAGCGGGGUGAGAGACAGUCGUGUGCUGCCGGUCAGCGCGCUUCUCGGAUCGGGGGUUCAGGCGGCGGUCGAGUGGGUGCAAAGUCGAGUCAAGUGGAAUAAGGAAAGUCGACCCCCGGUGAUGCGGUGA